AUGUCAGCAGAACAGCUGAAAGCUCAGUUUGAGGAAGCUCUUCAGAAAUAUAAGGAAAUAGAAAAUGACCGCGAAAAGUACAUCAGCAACCGGCAACAUUUGGAAAGUCAAUUGACUGAAAACACUUUGGUCAAAUCCGAGUUCGAUUUCUUGGAAGAAGAUGCUAAAGUGUACAAACUCAUUGGCGCUUGUCUUAUUCGACAGGAUAUAGCUGAAGCUCGAGCAAAUGUUGAAAAACGACUUGAGUACAUCACUGCAGAAAUGUGGGUAGUUAAAGUUAUUCAUGUUUUCCAUCAGAAUGAGAUGUCCUGA